AUGGCCAAAUCAUCCGGUCUGCCUACGUUCCCCAGCCCGUCAGCUUCCCAGGAAGAAGUCGAAGCCUUCUUACAUGAAUGGGUAGCAACUCGCUGGGAAGUGCCGGUCUCCAGCCCGCGGGUCCAGAAUGUUUCAUUUCGCUUCAAGGGGACAGGCUCAACGCUAUACUCUCUUUCACAGGAAGAAAUGGAGACUUUGAUGGGAAGCAAAGCACUGGGGGACUCCCUAUAUUACGCCCUGUGCUAUGAUUCUCCCUAUGGGAGUGCAACGAGAGGCAAGUAUGCCUCUGUCGUCUCUGGAAUUUCGAACGCUGCCAGGUCCCUUGGGCCAGUGAUCCAGAGCCCUUCUUCUUCUGCAUCGGCCUCACCGGCCUCCUCAUCGACUUCGUCUACCUCGAUAGAUGAGUCGUACACUAAGCCACCGCAGCCUUCUAUAAGUCGUAGCGGGUUUCCGACUCGCUGCCUUUCGGAAAAGCCUAGCGCCCAGUAUCUUAAUAAAUUCUAUGUGAAGUAG